AUGAGGGAUCGGCCCGUCAUCAGCAUCGAAAAUUACACCAUAUACUGCGGCGAUGCUGAUGAGAACAAAGUAGGUGGCUGCGCGAUAGCUGUGAGGAACGAUUACAACAACCUGGCUCAACGUCGUCUAGAUGCGUCUUUGGAAACCGCUGAGAACAACAGUAAGGACGCCUUCUAUGAUGAACUCAAUGCGUUGAUACCUAAAAUACCAAGCCAGCAGGUAGUCAUUGUCGGAAUCGACACAAAUGCGAAGAUGGGACUCGAACAGCAAUCCGAUGUGCUAGGAAAAUGGUAUACAGCGGAGCUCACUUCGCACAACGAGGAAUCAUCGACGCCAUCAGCUCACUUGGCAGGGUCAACCCUUUUAACGCCUGAAGAGCAACGCAAGCGGAAGAUGAGGACUCUUAAGCUUCAGCUCGACUACGUUCUGGCGAGGAACAUUCCUCAGUCAGAUAUCCGAAAAUCUAGAGCUGUUUGGGACGUCGUCUUCGACUUUGACCACAUUCCAGUUCCUCUCAGCUUCAAGAUACGGUUCCGCAAGAGAAACUGA